AUGGCUGCCUCUGACCAACAUACUGUCGGGGAGGUCUGCUACAGCCCUGGGCUCAAUGUUUUCAACGACGGUCUCAACUACGCCGAUUCUCCCCCGCGAAGCAUGGUUAUUCAAGUGUCCGUGUUUCAUAAUCAACAUGCAGCACGGUGUAAAACCUUGUCGGGCAUGCAAUGGCUCAACCUCGAGGACAGCUGGAAAUUGCCAAGCCCCAAUGAAGUGUAUACUGGAGGUCACCAAGACCACCUUAGUGGUCUUUGGAUCGGGUGGUUUCUCCCCGAUUUCCAGAUCAUUGACAACUAUCAUACAAAUAGGUUCUGUCGUUGGCCUUCUUUACCCCGGGGACAGUGCGUGAGUAACCAUACGCCAUACCGAUACCACCAUCAUCCCUUCAUCAGAAAGGCCUUCAAAGUUAUCUACAAACCAGGUCGGGAGGGGGACACCAAAUUCUUUGCCCUGUGUACCCCGGAUGCCAAUGGCAUCUGUCAGGCCAAGAUCGUCCCAGAUGGUGCACGGAACAUAUUCUUUUUCAAGGAGUGGAGAGACGACACCCUUUGCGGUAGCUGGGCUCGACAGAGUGUGUGGACGACGAAUGCCAAGGUCGGAGCAUCGAGGAUCUAUUCAGCGAUGAACGCUGCUAUUAAUCUACCAGCACAUGAACAGGAACAUACCUCUGGGUCCGAGAAUGAAGGUUGUCUCGAGGAAAUCGAAGAAGAAGAAGCAGAAGAACAAGAAGAUGAUGAAGAGGAAGAAAAUGAAGAAUCCGAGUAUGCGGAGCCCGAGAGUGGAGUAUCAGGAUCUGAAAAAGAAAAGUCCGAAGGAGACUUUGAACAAGAAGGACUACUGGAAUCCCUACGUCCUAGUCCGCCAGAUUUCGCCUCGUCCUCAGAGUCAGAAUCGGACUCUUCCGACGAGGAUGAAUAUCACUCGAAUGGUUACUCGAGUCGCAGAGAGUCUCAGCCCACACCGAAACACGACAUCAAGUCGAAUAACUUAGCAAGCAUUACCUCUAAGCCUCGCUCCUACCAACCGCGCCAGCCCGCGUCAAGCCGUCAAUCAACCUAUGUCAAUCAUAACCUGUUGUCUCGGCGCAACAUGAACCCCCCUGCAACUGCAGACGCCCCCGUGGGCAAUGUCGCUACAAAUCUCAAGAGGAGCCAGAGUCCUAUGCUGAGCCUGAGCUCAAAGAGCAAGAGGAAGAGACGCAUCAAUCUGCAAGUCGAGUCUCCUCCUGACUCAGCCCGAGAACGACAUGCACCCUCGGGACUUACCGAGCCGCCCGCUAGUCGACCGGAGAGAGCUCAGUCUGCUAGCAGAACACUCAUCAAGAACGAAGCUACUCAAGAGAGCGAUGAUGAGAUUCAGUUCAUCAAGGAGGUCCCAACAAAGAGACCCCAACAGAUGGCUGAUGCAUUCGAAGCAACUACUGUGGCUUCAUCCGAGACAAGCAUCACCUACAUCAGCAAGUUUGUUGCAGCGGGAAAACUUCUCCAGCUAGCGCGUCUUCCCGAUACUUUCUCCCGAAAUAUCAUGCUUGAAUCCUUCAGCAAGCAUCUGAAGUCGACGAACUUGGCACAAUUCGAUGCUCUGGUCAAGAACAUCGUGGAUUCUGCGGAAGAAAGCGUCCGCGUCAUGAUCGCUGAGACUCUAGAAGAGCAACUGAAGGGCCGAUUGCCUGUCAUCAGUGGUGCUUAG